AUGGUUGACAUUUUAUUUGUUUUGCCUACAUGGCAAGCUAUCCUCCUUUGCCUCUUAUUCGCGGUGAUUUAUGUUAGUAGCUUGUACAUAUGGGGUGGAUCGACAAAGGACAAAAAUAGGUACUUAAAUAUAAACUCCUUUAAAUGUACGCUUUAAUAGUUUUAUUCGAAUUGAACAUUACAUUAUCUGCAACCAAUUAACGAGGUCAGAAUAAAUUGAAUAAUUAUUUUAUUUUCGAUAACUAUAUUUAAAUUAAAGUAAAGACAAAAUUAUAUUAAGUGUGAAUACUGAUUCUAUAAUCAAAAUUAAUCACAUAUAUGGAUUGCACUGUUGCUAAAUGAAUGAACAAUUAACUCAAGUAUGAAUGGUCAGCAUUACCUUAAGUCUUAUAACUUAUAGUCCUUUAGUCGUUUAGGCCUCUAACUCUAGUGCUUCAUCAAUGUCGCCAAUGCCCAUGCUGUUAACGUUGAAGUAAUAAUCAAGUUUAAAGGUAGAUUUUGAUUUAGGAACUUAGGUAACAAAAAUCAAAAUUUAAAAAAAUAUUUCAUUACAGUUACAUAGAGCAAAUUUCAAAUAAAACAAUUAAUAGGGACGUCGGUAUAGACCGGAAAUACCCGAAAAAUGGGUAUCGUAUUUUCGUUGUCAUAAUGGCGACAUCUACUUUUUAAUUUACUGAGGGUAUCGUUGUUUCGCGUUUCAUAAUCGAUUUUUAGCAUAAUAAUAUAAUUUUACUUCCGCCAAUUACUUAAAGCCGACAUCUUUCCUGUUAUAUUAAGAGUUCGUUUGAUUUUUUGGGUCAAGAUUAAAGCUUUGAAAAUUGAAUUUAAAAAUUGGUCAACUUCACUCAAGAAUAACUUUUUUUUUAAAAUGCGCUCUUAAAUAAAAAUACUCCGCUCUUUUAGUUUAUAUGUUCAUUUUAAAACAUAUCCAAAAUUCAUGAGUGUAGACCAUCGGUGGGCUUCAAAAACGAAUUUCCAAGAUGUCAUUUUUUAGGCUAUGUAAUUUGUCAUCAUGGCCACCGUGCUUGUCUGCUUAUUUCCAAUUAUCGAUAGCAGCCGUGGGGUAAUUAAUAAUUCAUUAAGUUGGUUAUCCAGAGUGUAAAUGGGAAAUAUAACUAAUAAUAAAUCAUUUUAUAUAAAUAAAAAAUGUUUUAUAACAUAAAUAAUUAUUAUUGGCUUAUUGAAUAUCAGUGAUUUUAAUUUUUGGGUUGGUUGCCAUGGACCUGGCUGACACUGACAUGGGAAUGAUAAGCUCUUGUCUUUCACUUAGAUGGUGAUAGGCUUAGUUUAAGUAUUUUAAUAGUAUUUAUUAUUUAUACUAUUAUAAAUGAUUUAAGGAGUGAGAUAAAUAGCUUUUAUUACAACUAAUAUAUUUAUCAUUUAUAUUAGUUUAUAUAUUUAUAGAUAAAUAUUUAUUUGUAUAUAUAAUAUAUAUAUAAUGACCAUUAGGCUAGAGGCCUUGUAUACAUAUAAUAUAGUAUAAUACAAAGUAUACUAUAUCAGGGUUAAGGCCUAGACCCGACCCAACUAAUUUGUAGGGCCUAUUAUAAUAAAUUAUAUUUAAUGAUAUUUUAGGAUAUGUAAUAAAAUUUUAUUGAAUAUUGUGAUUCUUACUUAAGGCAUAAACUAAGUAAAACAUUUUGAAAUAUUCACUUACCUUUGGUAUUGAAAUAUCCUAUAUUUAAUCACAUAUCACAAUAUUCCACAAGAGAAUUAUUAUAUAAUCCUCGGUUUCUCAAAGAAAAAACACACUUUCUGGCACUACAAUCCAAGAAUUACUUAAGAUAUUAUUAAAGAACAAUCAUAAUAACCCGUACUUACCUCUAGUAAAUGACUAGAACUUAUUUUAUUAACAGCUAAAGUCAAAGUUGAUUCUAAUAAUACAUGUGGAUUUGUAAAACAAGAUUACAAACUUUAAAUAAAUGACAUGCUGAUUGUUUUGUCAUACUCAUAGGAAUAAUAUAAUAUAUAGUAUACAUAUGUAGAAAAUGGUAAAAUAAAAAGUAUAAUUGUCAAUUUUAAAUAAAUAAAACAAAUAAUCCCUUUAUUAUUUGUUUAUGCUUAUAAAUGCUAAACAAUUCCACAGAAAAUCUGCAAUUAAUAUAUAAAGAAUAUUAUUAUUAUUAUGAUUUUUGGGAAAUUAAAAACAAAAUUAAAACAAAAUUUUAAUUAAUUAAUUACAAAUAAGUGAUGUGUCAGCAUUUUUAUACAUUGUUAAUAUUAUUAAUAGGCAAAUAAUAAAGUGUUUUUUUUUUAAUAUUUGCGGCACAUUAACAAAAACUAAUGUAUAUUUUGUGGCUUUAUUUAGAAGUACUCUUAUUUAAUUAUGUUCCCUGUAAAUAUUAUAUUUUUGUCUCAUUUUAUAAUAAAGUUAUAGGCGUUAAAAAAAAAAGCAAAAUGAGGGUCACAAAUGUGGAGGAAAAUCCCAUAGUAAAAAAGUGGUUUUGAGGUCCCUACUAAAAAAUUCAUAACUUUUGAACCACUUGAGCUAGAAAGUUGAUCUUGGUGUUUUUGUAAUCUAUUCUCCAGCUGUAGUAUUUUUAUAUUUUUAAAAAUGUUUUGAAAUUUUCAUCAAAGUGGCUACAAUUAAACCAGAAUUAACUUUCUAGCUUAGAGCUUUUUGAGUUAUGAUUUAAAAUCUGAGUUUUUUUGGUAUUUUGGUAAAGGCAAAGAGUAGGGAAUGAUUUAAUAUGUGAGUUCGUUUGGUAUUUUGGUAAAGGCAAAGAGUAGGGACCUCGGUAUGAUCCGCAAAGUGCCGAAAACCCGGGUAUUGUGAUUUCGUUAACAAAAGGGAAGUGUUAUCCACACAGCUCUGUGAAUAAUGUUGAGCGUUAUCGGCAGACCGAAAUCUUCGAAAAAUGCAGAGCGUUAUCGGCAGACCGAAAUCUUCGAAUAAUGCAGAGCGUUAGUGUUAGACAGAAAUGUUCCCAUAAUUACGCAAAUUUCUAGAAAUAAUUAGGAUCACAUUCCAAGCAGGGGUGGGGGCGUAGUUUAAGUAGUGUAGGAUAGAUCGAUCUUUAAUGAGUAUGGCACAAACACAUCUCAAAACGGAAGCUACCGGUAUGCACAAGUUAAAUUUAAUAGGCCUAACUAUAGCCUAUAUAUUGGAUAUAGGACAAUUAAUUGUGCCUACAUCUGCUCUGUUAGGGGCCAACAUAGGAUCUAUUCGACCUAUAGAGUGUUACUAAUAGAUCCAGUCAAGCCUCCUACUCCUACUCCUAGACAUAACUAAUUUUCUGGUAUUUCCUUUUAAAUGUUAUACCAGUAAUAAAAAUGGUACCGGUAUUCUUCAUGUAGACUCACUUUCACCCAUUGUAGAGAUGUCUUUAAAUCAUGUCAAAGCUUGAUAGGAUAUCGUUAAGUUUUUUUAAAGCUCUAUGAUAUAUCACGUAGUCCAGAAAUGUUCUGUCAGAAACAGUGUUAUGAUGCAGAGAGGUGUCUGCAUCAGGCGGCCAUGUGAGAGACGGGGAGGGGUAUAUAGGCCCUACAUCGAUAAUAACAGAAUCUAAUCCUGUUUAAGUUUAAGGCUAGUAUUUUUUCCUCAUCCUUGAAGGUGUCCCUAAGUCUACCCAGCUCUGGCCUUAGCUGGGAAAAGUAAAGGUGGCUGGUUAUUGCGCUGGCCAUACACUCAAACUUGUAAACGCUGCUUCAAUUGCCCCAAGGGAACUUUACUUCCCAAAGACUCGCAAUGCAUCCUACGACCAGCAGGGUUCCAAUUAAUUUUUGUAUGCUUUUUUUGUUUUUAGACCCAUAGUUACAACAGUGGCAGUAUGGCUUUUUGUUUCAAUAUCAACAUUUAUUUUACAAGGGCUAAAAUUGUUGAUGUCAAUGAUAUUGAUAUGUUUUAAGUACGGUACCGGUAUGUGCAUUUCAUGUCAUCACUAAGUGUUAUUUCAACUAUUUCUGGAGCGGCAUAUUGUGUCCCUACUUAUUAUGAUACUUAUUAGAAAAUAAAAUGAAACAAAUAAAACGUGACAUAUUUUUUCAGCUAAACAUUAAUACACAACUCUGAGAUAUAAAAUAUUUGAAUAAGUAAGUUAUUAAUAUUUAUUUGUUUAUUAGAGAAAAAACAAAUGGAUGUUAAAGUCUAUGAGUCGAAUUAUACAAAGAAAAUUAAACAGUCAAAAGAGCUAAAAGUAUAUCACAAUGUACAGUUAGAACAGCUGUAUCUGACUUAAACAUGGUUUAUGCGGCUCAUCUGCAUGUCCAUGUUGUUUACAGUUAGAAUUAUACAAAGAAAAUUAAACAGUCAAAAGAGCUAAAAGUAUAUCACAAUGUACAGUUAGAACAGCUGUAUCUGACUUAAACAUGGUUUAUGCGGCUCAUCUGCAUGUCCAUGUUGUUUACAGUUUUUUGACGAAACUUGAAUGAACAUUCUAACAAAAUAGAUUGAAACUAGAAUUUUGAAUACUUGCGUUGUUGGACAGAAUGAAAAGUAUAAUAAAAUUGUAUAAAUAAAAAGUGUAACAUUAGUAACAAAACUAUAUGAAAAUAAUAAUAAUAGAAAAACUAUGUGAACAGAAUAAGAAAGCUAUAUGAAGAAUAUAAUUAUAAUAUAACAAUACGAAAUAACCAUUAAAUAUUUUUGUUAUUUUAUUUAUAAGAAGUAGCUUCCCCGAAGGGGAAUCGAACUCUGGUCUUGCGGGUGACAGGCAGAGAUACUGACCACUACACUACCGAGGAGUAUUUACAUGCGAACUCUGUAUUUUAUAUUCAUAAUUUAAUUUAUCACAUUCUGCGAAUAACGGCGAGCGUUAUCCGCACAGCUCUGUGAAUAAUCACUUUGUUAACAAAAUGGCGACCUCCACUUUUUAAUUUACUGAGGGUAGCGAUGUUUCAGAUUUUUUUUGCAUAAGUUAGUUUUGUUAAUAAUUUCUACUUCCACCCUAAUCUUAAAGCAGACAUGUUUGUUGUUUAUUUGACACUUUUCUUUUAGAAAAAAUUUGAUGGUUUGACGUUGAAGAUUAAUGGUAAAUAAUAGCAAAUUUGACUUAUUCAUAUUUUUGUGUGGAAAAUAUAAGUUUAAAAAAAGAAAAUACCAAUGUUAGAUGAAAGCAUAAAUGACAACAUAUCCAAAAUUCGUGAGGUGUGCAUAGGUGAGAAAUUUUUGCAAAAAAUUUUUGUCACAUGUGUCCCAAAAUUACCUAUUAUGGAUAAUUGACGUUUUUGUAGGAAGUAACUUGAUUUACACUGGAAAUACAGCAUAUUACCCACUAAUAACAUUUUAAAACAAAGCAACAAAUUAACACACCAGUACUUUUUAUCUGAUGCUUUCAUUUUGAGUGGGGGAGUGGGAUGAAUAGCCUUAGCCUUAUUGUUAUUACAACUAAAAGUAUAUAUCCUAUGCAUAGUAUAGUAUAGCCUAUAGUAUAGGCCUAGUAACAUCCCAACUUAUUAUUGCUGGACCUAUUAAUAAAUUAUAGGUAAUGAUAUUUUAGGCCAUGUAAUCAUAUUUUAUUAUUUAAUGACAAUUAUGAUUCUUACAUUUUUAAAAUUAAAAUGUUUAAAAAAAAUAUAAAGUUACCUUUGAUAUUGAAAUAUCCUGUAUUCACUCAAAAAUCACAAUAUUCCACAAGAAAAUUAUAUAAUCCUCAGUAUUCUUCAAGAAAUAACACACUUUCUGAUACAAUAAUCCAAGAAUUUCUUAAGAUAUUAAUAAAGAACGAUCAUAAAAGCUUGUACUUAGCUCAAGCAAAUUACCAGAACUUAUUUUAGCUUAUAGCUAUCAACAUCCAAAGUUGAUACAUGUUGAUUUGUGAAGCAAGAUUACUAUUUUUUUGGUCAUAUUCAAAUAGGACUAAAAUACAUACAUAGAAAAUGGUAAAAUAAAAAAUAUAAUCGUCAAUUUUAUAUAAAUGAAUCAAAUAAUCCCUGUAUUAUUUGUUUAUACUGAUAAAUAUUAAACAAUUCCACAGAAAAUUUAAAAUCAACACCUGAAGAUUAUUAUUAUUAUUAUUAAAUUGGGGAAAUUUACAAAAUUUAUAUUUAAAAAAUAUUAAUUAAUUAAUACAAAUAAGUGACGAGUCAGCAUAUUUUAUUAAUUUUUUAAUAAGGAAAAUUAUCAAGAUUAAAAAAAAAAAAUUUUGGAAUAUUAACAAAAACUAAAAUUGUAUUUUGUGACUUUAUUUAGAAGAACUCAGAUUUAACUGUGUUCCCUGAAAAUAUUAUAUUUUUGUCUCAUUUUAUAACAAAGUUAUAGCCAUACAAACAGUAGCAAUAUGAGGUUGACGAAAUGUGGAGAAGGAUUUACAUAAUGUGCUGGCUAUAAGGGUCUAGUGAAAAAGUGCUUUUGAGCUCCUUACUAAAAAAUUCAUAACUUUUGAACCGUUUGAGCUAGAAAGUUGAUCUUGGUGUUUUUGUAAACUUUGUGCUCUAUACAGCUGUAGUAUUUUUAUAUUUUUAAAAAUGUUUUGAAAUUUUCAUCAAAAUGUCUACAAAGAGAUAGCCCCAUGAUGUAUCACAUGGCCGUCAUUUUGGUUGCAACGACCCAUGAACUUUUACGGGCUCACUGAUCAUGGCAACCAAGAUGGCCGAUGUGUAAAAAUAAAAUAACUCUCGUCUGCUAAAAUUAGGAAUAAAACGUUAAAAUAAAUGGAAAGAUUUUAGGCGGUACAUAAAUUUCAUGGUGAACUUAGAUGUUUUAUUUGUAUCCGUCUAGAUAUUUGGCAAGAAGUGACAACGACUUGCGACCUGCGGUGGCUCCCUUUCCUGGCAUAAUGUCAGCCGGUUCACACACACUAAGCCUAACCUAAAUCUAAACCUAACCUAAACCUAAAUGUAUCCCUAUUCCAUACCCUAAAACUAGCCCUAAAGCCUUAAGUAAAAACACGUGUGCAUCUCCAGUUACACACUCUGGCGGGGGGAGGGAGGGGGGAGUAAUAGAUACUUUCAUUUUCCCAAGGCAGCACAGGAUACGUCUCAGAAUGAAAUUGAUAAAUAAUUAACAUUCUUAGGUACAUAAAUAUCGGGAGUAGGAAAUAGGGUGUGUACAUUUUUACAUGGAUGACGAUAUCUUUAAAUCAAAUCAUAAUACCGUUGUAAAAAAAAAUAGAUGCUAUAUUCUCACUUUACCAAUUAAGAAAAUCAAUGACGUUAACAAAAGUACAUUUACAUAAUUAUACCCAUAAAUAUCAAAACCUAAUCAUUUUAUAGAAAUGAAAAUUUAAUUUUAAUAUAGAUGGGUUAAGAUUUUCUUAGAUAAAUUGAUAAUAAAUAUAGAGAGACAGACAGACUGAUGGAUUAGAUAGAUAGAUGGAUGGAUGGAGGGAGGGAUGGGUGGGUGGGUGGGACAGAUAGGACGGAUAGAUGGAUAGAUGAGGGAGGGUUGGGUGGAUGGGACAGAUAGGACGGAUAGAUGGACGGACAGACAGACAGAACUCUUCCUUAAAUAUUUGCGCUAAAGGGUUACUUUUAUUCGAUAAACUAUAUAUAAAAUUAAUGUCUAUAUGUAUGCGCCCCUAUACCAUUCAUCUGAUAGUGGUAAAACUUUUGUGAGUUGUUUUACACACGCCCGCAAAUGUUUCUGAAUUAUUAAACACAUUUUACAAUAUUCCGUUUUGGCCCUUUCAUGGGCUAAAUAUAAUUUCCAUAUGUGUUCCUAUAAAAUUCAUCCGAUUGCGAUAAAACUUUGGUAAGUUGUUGUGCGCACGCCUCCCAAAGAUUUUUGAAUUGGGUUAUCCAUUUUGAAAUAUUCCGAAAUUAUUUUUUUCUUAUAUGAACUAUAUAAAUAUAAUUUCAAGCAGAGUUAUUGCAUGGAUGAAUGGAAUUUAAUCUAAUACAAAUAGCAACAUUUCAUAUUGUGUAUGACAUAAUGAGUAGGUUUCUGAAUUAGUAUAAAAAUUUUGCUUUUGGGUCCGGGGGCCUUAAUUAUAUAUAUUUUUAUUAUUAUGUGAGAUAUAUAUAAAUAUAAUUUCAAACAGAACUACUGCAUGGGAUGAUCAAUCGCUACAAGUGUGUGGACUAAAUUUUGAAAAUCCAUGCUUCUCACGUGGACAGCUGUAUGUUGCCUGCUCACGUGUUGAAAAGCCUUUAAUUUAUUUGUGUGUGCACCAGACUGAAAAAAAAAAUAUUUCUUUUUAAAAAUUACUUUAAAAAACGUAAUUAAAACACAAACAAUUGAGUGGCAUGGUGACGCAUGCCAGGUUCUCGCUAGUUGUAAAAUAAAUAAAUAAUGAAAACCCAACUCACAGUUUCACUAAACAGAAUAUCCAGAAAAUGAAUAAAAUACAAUGCCGUCGAUGCCAAAUCCAUUUUAAAAUUAUAAUUAAGCAACCAAUAAGAAUUUAAUUCAAAACAUGUCAUUGUCAUAUGAAGAAAAAUUUAACUAGUAACAAAAAUGAAUCCAAAACAGUAACGUAACAACAUCUCUUUGCAUACUAGGUAUUUUUUACUAUGGCCAUGAUGGUCUACACCACCUCAUUUAAAAUAUACAAUAUUUUAUAAAACUUUUAUUUUCAGAAUGAAUGCUAUAUUAAAAGUAAUUUUAAUAAUGUUAUGCACCUAUAAAUAAUUUGUAACUCAUCUAUCAACUUUGGCACGCGACUAAUUAAUUAAAGCUUUCCGUGACCAAUAGUUUAAUAGUUUUUGCUCACUUCAAACUCUUAUGAAUGAAUUUCUGAGAUAGUAUUAUGAUAUAGCCAUUAUGCAAGUGGCUGUGAAUGGUUGCCCAAUACAACAUUUUGCACACGCAAAUUAUGAUAAUUUAUUAUAUGGACUCUACGGGUUUUUAAACCUCAAAUUAAAAUAACUUGUUUAAAUUACUUAUAUGUUUAUUUUAAAACACAAGUUAUCAAAUAAUUUGAUGUAAAUAGUAGUCAUAAUGAAUAUUUCCUAAGUAUCAGCAUCGUUAGCCAUUAGAAAGGGGGCGUGGACCUUGUGAUAAUGCAGGUUACUGGGACGAGCAUAACGAGCGCAGGACACGACUGACAUCAGUGAGAAUUGCCACACCUUUACAUCUAUAUAUAAUGCUUUACAAUAUUUAAUAUGAAAGACAUAUUCUUUAAAUUUAUUCAAAAAUUUUUGAGGGAAAGAUGCCUAAAAUAUACCUAAAAUUAAGGUCGAUCAGAAAAGGCAAAAAAGUACAUUGGACUGUAGGAUUAGAUGUCCCCUAUUAUGAACAUGUAGAAGAAUACCACAAUUUUAGGACAAAAUAUUCCUUUCAUUAAUGAAAAUGCACCAACAUCCAAAAAGUCGGAUUCUCCUGCUCCAACUCCCAUUUCCCAUACAAAAUUUUAAGUAGUCUCCCUUGCUUUACAGAAGUGCCUAUCUAAAUCAAUGCAAAAUUUACUUUUUAAUAUGGUUACUGCCCUUCCUUAACCUUCUUGAAGUAUGUACAUACUUUUGAAGUGACUGGGUAGAGCAAGUUUAGCCCUGUGUGAAUUAGGUUUCCCGGUGUGAAAUUUUUUUAUUUUUACAUUUCCUUGUCCCAUUGAAACCCUUUCACUUGUCAUCAGAUGACAUUUUAUUCUACAAUAUCUUCAAAAAAGAUCUAUAAUUGCAGUGCCCACUAUGUAAAAGCCAGCACAUUAUGUAUAUCCUUCACCUAAGAGCAUUGGGGAAGGGAGUGCCAGCUCGUCUUGCAGUAUAUCUAGGAGAUACUAUAAAGUUGCUUUGUUCAUCCCAAAGUACGCUUAGGCUCAGGUCAAUUUGAGGAAUGAAACAUUAAGCCCCACCUAUUGUGUAUUAUGAUUAGGGUACUUCUAGAACUACACAUCACCUGUCUUAAUAUUAUUGCUUUCUUAAUUAGUUCAAUGUAUCCUUCAUUUUUUAAGAAAGUUAGGAUUUCUGACUUUAAUUUUAACAUUUCAUGUCAGUUGAAUUCCAUUUUAUUUCUAAUUGUAGGGACCACCCAGAUGUCAUUAAGAGACGAUUCAUCAGUGUAUCAAUUGUGUGUGUCACAGCCCCUUUUAUUCUUUGGGCUGUUGCAAAAAGUUCAGACAAAGCUGAGGUUAGUUCACUUUGAGCUGGCUAAGUAAUGUUUUUGUUAUGUUGUUUUUUAAUUUCCAUAAUAGAGCCAUACUAUUUGCUGAAAUCAUAAUUUGUUAUAUUUUAAAAAUGUAUUUUUCUCUUAAUAAACUUAUUCAGGCAAAUGAUCUCCUGACAUGGCUUGGUAUUCGUUUUUGGGGAUUUCUACCAUCUUUGGUUGUGCCCCUUUUUCUAACCAUGGUAUGUUUGAUCUGAUUUUCCAAUCAUUCAAAAUUUGUUAUGAGGUUGACUAAUUUCUCAAUUCUGUUUAAAUUUUUUUUUUUCAAUUCACAUAAUCGUUUAAGUUUUUUGUUCCAUUUUUGAAAUAUAAUGGAAUGAUAUAAAUUUUAUUUUAAGAUCAUAGCUUCAUAUAAUCAUAUAUUAAGAAUAAGCAAGAGGGGGGGGGGGGUUUAAAUAUCUCGUAAUGUUUUUCAACAGAGGCAUUCAGAGAGCAAUAUGAUUUAUAUGAGUGUGUUUAAACUUAACACUGUCAAGAUGUUAAAAUCCCUGAAAAUCCUUUGUGUGGGGAUAUUCCUUUUUUUAGAAAUGAGAACAGAGUUAGUGUGCCUAAUUGCAGAUUGGAUUAUGAGCUUAGGGAUACAAUAAACGAAGGGGUAUACUGAAGGGCUAGUAGUGUUCAGGUGGUCAGUACUGCAGGGGAGAGCAAGUGAGUAGGAAUACUGAAUAGAGUAGUGUUUCCUGUGGUUAGCAGAAGUAGUUCCUUGGCUAAGUUUGUUAACAGAACUUAAUUGCUUAGGGGAACCUGUGUUAGUUAGAGUAGAAUUAGAAUGCAAUAUUGUAUUCAUUAAGAAGGACUUCGCAUCAAGUGUUUGUGUAUACUAGUGUAAGAGUUUCGCAUGUCAUACACUAGAUGUAAACUCAAUGACAACCUACACAAUUCUUUACAUUUGGGGGCUUAUCAUCAAAGGAUCAGAAACUCAUGCAAGUAGUACUAAUCAUAUCUCUACACCUAAUCCCUAUCACACAAAGGACUACACAUAAAUUGGUGUGUGCCUUGCAAAAAAAGUUUUUAAUUCUUCCUGAAUCAGUGCUUGUGAAGAAAGUUCAUAAAAAUGUGGUUUCUCUAAAGCAUUUGGAUUGUCAUCAUAUAAUCAAAGUCUUUGUUAAUCUACUGCUACUGAAGCUUUCAUUAGUGAAAGCCAGUCAUCAGGAUUUUAAGACUAGAACAGUAGGGACAGGGGCUGCCCAUUGGAGCUCUCUUCUUUUAAUUCGAGGAUCACUUACAGUGUGUAAUCAAAGGUGCCACGGCGGGGGUAGGUGGCAAUAGUCAUAGUUAUCCUUCAAGCACUCCGCUUUUGUCCUCAUUACAAUUUUUUUUUAGACCAGUUUUUAUUUUUCGGGGGUGAGGGUUGUUGUCUGUCUGGGGAAAGUUUUCUUGCAGUCCCAUAACUAGCCAAACUUCAUUUUUUUUAUACUUUAGAGACAGCUGUUAAGUUUAUUUAGUACGAAAUGUGUUUCAACUUGAUGAUUGAUGAAUUUUUUUAUGUAUUUUUAGUACAGUAAUUUCAAUGUAAAUUUAACAUUGGAAAGAUUGACUUAAUCUUUCAAAGAGGACAGAGGUUCUGACAGGGGCUUUUUGUUAUAAGCCGAAGUAACGAUAACCAUAAUAAAGAGGAGUGAUCCAAAUCUAACUGGAAAAGUUAUAAAAUUUAAUAGAUUAGACUUGAAUGAUGGAUACAGUUAAAUAGUAUCAUCCUUGAGGUUUGAAUGACAGUUAUAGUUAAAUAAUAUAAUCUAGGAGAUGUAAUUCCCCAAACUAUAAUACAUAUAAGUCAAAAUAAACAAAGUUUCUUAGAUUUUUAAAAUGUGGACCCCAGUGUAUCUUAUUGACAGAACAAAAGAUGAGGGACUGUUACGCACUGACUUAUAUUGGGAGAAGUUAAUCUCCUAUUUUAAUUUUAAUUGGCUCGUUGUAAACAGUGCCUAACAAAGGACGAUACCAUUGAAUCAACAAUAUUAAAGAUACGACCCAAAACAGUUUCUAGUUACAGUUAAUUAAGAUUUAUUAUGUCUUAAGAUAAUUACAAAAGAAAAGAAAAAUAUAAUUACAAUCUUCAACUUAUAGUAUGGUAGAUCUUGUACCGGUACACAGUUAACACAGUUAGAAUAACGUGCCAAUAAAUAAUGCGAAAUAAACACAUAUAAGCUCACAAAUACACAAAGAAUAAAACACGCCUCGUAAUGUUAAGAAAAUUUAUCUGAAAUCUCCGUCCCUCGUCUGUGCCUGUCAAUCCCUUAUAUAGGUGGGUCUACCGACGCCUAAGCCCUGCCUUCGACAAGCUACAUGGCAUUUCUAGAACCAUCAGAUUCAUUCUACAAAACACUACUUGGAACAGAUUAAUUAUUUUUAGUAGUUGGCGGUGUAAACAAGAAAUACAUCAAAAGCCUAAGCCACACCCCUUUGUGAACACAGCGUCUCAUGCGGGGUCAAUCAGAGGGCACGCACGAGAAAUAUUAUGUAAACAAGCUCUCUAUAACAAAGUUGGCGGUGUAAACAAGAAAUACAUCAAAAGCCUAAGCCACACCCCUUUGUGAACACAGCGUCUCAUGCGGGGUCAAUCAGAGGGCACGCACGAGAAAUAUUAUGUAAACAAGCUCUCUAUAACAGGGACCAAGUGAAGAUAAUUCUAAGUGAGGGCAGUUCUAAGUGAUGAUAAUUCUGCUAUUAUUAUUUUAAAAGACUUUCAUAAAGUGACAGUGAUAAGAGGAAAUGAGGUCUUAGAUAUCAUAUAUUUGAUUUUAUCUUAUGUUAAAGAAAGAGUGGAGCACUUUAAACAAACAAUGAUUUGAUAGGCAAGAUAAUAUAAGAAAAACUAAAUGAUUUGGCUCAUAAAAAUAAAAAACUAACAGAACUAACUAAACACAGAACUCACUGCUGUAAAUAAUGAAUUAGAUAUACAAAGACAGCUCAACCAAUAAACACUUGUUUAUGAAAAUUAUAUAUAGUACAUAAGAAAUUCAAACACUACACAUAAAGAGAAGAAUAAGAAAAUUGACAAACUGAUCACUGAACUUUCUAAAUCACAAGUCAUACCCUAGACCAGUGUUUUGCAACCUUUUUUGUGGCUUGCCCCACCUAAGCCUUUCUAAAAGUCUUAUGCCCCCCAUGUAUCAUAUACAUAAUUUUUAAUAUUCUAAAAUAGGGUUGUUCACUGAAGAAACUUAAAUGAUUGUUACAACACUUUUAAGGAACGCUUAUUUUAAAUUGAGACGUUAAAAAUUCUCCUUUUAAAAUACAAGUUAAAUCAUAGUAGACGGUUGGUUUUCAAAAACUAGAAGCUCAUUUUUCAAAUUGCCCCCCUGUGACAACACAAAGACACCCACUUUUUAAAAAAAAAAAAGCAACACUCGGAAAGAUUUCCACAUGUAAUUUGGUAAUGACAUCUUAACUUUCUUUUUCUGUUUUAGAGGCAAAAUACUGGACCAAUUCUGUGAAAAACUAUGUAUGGCUUCGUAAUCAUAUUGUUGUAAGUACAGCCCUAGAAAAUAAGAUAUUUAUACAUGUUAUUGUUAAAAAUCUUUUGUGCAUUCAGUCCAAACUAUGAAAUUAACUUACAAAAAAUGUAAUCUGAAACUUUUACUUUUUAUUUUAAAGGUUUAACAAAGUUUUCUGUUGCUUUUAAAUCAACAUGUCUUUGACUUUGUAGUCUCCACUUCAUGUUGCACUGUUGGCUCUGAUCUGAAAAGGUAAUUUGACAUCAUCUAACCAUCUUUAUAUUUCAGGCGCCACUGUCAGAGGAGUUCAUCUUUCGAGCCUGCAUGUUGCCCUUGUUAGUGCCUUGUUUAGGAACUGGAUGGGCCAUCAUUUUGUGUCCAAUGUUUUUUGGUGUUGGUGAGUAAAUCUGCUUCUUGUGAAAUGGUCAAGCGAGAUUUAAGUGAAAUGGUCUUGUGUGAUUCUAGCAUUUCUGAAGCAGUUGUUUUUUAAAUUAAAAUAAAAAUGUAUUUUCAAGAAUAUCUUCUUAUUUUGUACAUUAUUUUAUAUUGUUAUUUCUUUCCUUUAUAGCCCAUUUUCAUCAUAUGAUUGAAAAAGUUGCUCAUGGUCAACAAGAAGUGGCAGCAGCAUUUAAAGAAUCUUGUAAGUUUUUUGAAGACCUAUUUUCUAUUCUGGAGUAAAAAGUUAAGUGUCACUACUAAAGAUUUUAACAACUAGGUGAUACCUAAAAUACUCUAUAAGACCCAUUUAUUUUUUCUCUGAUUUCUUAAUCCUCAGUAUUCCAGCUUUCUUACACCACUGUAUUUGGUGCUUAUUCAGCUUUUCUGUUUCUGAGGACAGGUUUGUAUACUUAAUAAUAGAUUAUAUAAUUGUAUGUGUUAUUGUUAACGAUGUUUCAAAAUUUAUGAAUAUGUUUUUAAAAAGUACUGUGCAUGCUAAUUGAGAAUGCAUGAUUAUAAAACAAUAAUUUCAUAUGGAUAUUGUAUGCUAGCCUAUUUCUUAAUCUUCAGUUUGCUGUGAGUAAUUGUGAUGGUAAGAAAAUAAAAAGGUAAAAUUAAGCUUUUCUGAAAUUUGACUAAUUGUGGAUAUUGUUUUCCAGGUCAUCUGGCAGCGCCUGUGAUCGCCCAUGCCUUCUGUAACCACAUGGGAUUUCCUUCAUUUGGUGAAAUCAUGGGCUACCAACCUUCUACACGGUACAGGCUGAUGGCCCUUUUUGCCAUUGGUUUGGUUUUAUGGUCUCUGUUUUUGUUUCCAUUAACGUCUCCGUCACUUUAUGCAAAUGAUGUGUAUGUUAUAUAAUUUGUAUUGUCUAAGCUGAUAGGUGGCAUUGUUUAUCAAAUUUUGUUGGUCUUUAAAAAAAUUAAUUGUGCAUUAAUAAGAGCUGAAUUUUAAUAAAUUCUAGUAGCAUCAAAAUUCUUCCCAAGAAUUAACUAGCCAGCAUUGACUCUGUUGAUUUCAACUUUUUUCAAUGAAUACAAUAUUCACUCAUGAUGAAAUUUGAAUAUUUAUCACCCUGUGUUCGGAUAAACAAGAGAAUGCGGCCAGAAUUUAAAAAAAUAAAAUGUGGGCUGCAAAUCGUAAAAUAUUUUGAUGCAGUAGUGUGAGUCAGUUUUUCUUGAUUUGGCCAAUGUUUAGGGCAUAGGAUUUUGAAUUAUUCAAAUAUUGAAUGGUGUGAAAUUUUUAAUUUGGUAAAUGAGUUUAAGACACAGGGCUUUUAAUUUAAAUUCCUGCUUACAGCAAAAACACAUUUUGCACUGGCAAUGAUAAAUAGAGCUGAUGCAACAUGUGGUAGGUAUUACCUGUCUUGAAAGUCUUGACAAAAAUUGGUUGUAGUUCUCUUGAUGAGAUGGAAGUGUACAUACAUAUACGGGUAACAAAAGUUCAGAUGAUUCCUCUUCAUUUCCCCCUCUUCUGGUUUAAAGAGAUUCUUAGAUUUUACAAUAACACUUAAAAUAAAAGCUGUGAUUUUUUUUUUUAUGCACUGUUAUCAAUUUAUUUCAACUACCAAAACUGCUUAAAAAAUUGUAUAUGAAUUUUAAAAUUUUGUUAAAUUAAAAAUGAUUUAUUAGUUUAAAGAUCAAAUGUAAGACCUGGAGAGCAGUUUUAUACCCCAUUUCUAUUAUUUUUGAAGUGCAUUUCUGUUACCUUGAACUAUCUCCUAGUUUCAUAACUUAUCAGUGUUUGACUUUGUGGCUUGCCCCACCUAAGCCUUUCUAAAAUUCAUAUGCCCCCCAUGUAUCAUAUACAUAAUUUUUAAUAUUCUAAAAUAGGGUUGUUCACUGAACAAACUUAAAUGAUUGUUACAACAAUUUUAAGGAACGCUUAUUUUAAAUUGAGACUUUAACAAUUCUCCUUUUAAAAUACAAGUUAAAUCAUAGUAGACGGUUGGUUUUCAAAACCGAGACAGCUCAUUUUUCGAAUUGCCCCCCUAAACAAUCAAAUUGCUAAUAAGCUGAAAGACAGAGUAUUAAUUAAAUCCUUUGUGUUACAUCAGCUGACGCCUAUUAAUUUGCCAUUGAUAAUUUUUAUGUAAAUAUGAUUUGUACUUUCAACUUGUGUAUUUGAAUUUAUUGUAGUUUAAUAGUUCAAAUUUAAUUACAGUUGUAGACCAGCUAUUUGGGUUACAAGGAGUAAGUAAAUAUUUUUAAAACAAAGUAAAUAAACUACAGUUAGCGCCCCUUGAUCUACGAUAUAUUAAUGAAUUCAGAUAAGUGAUUAGGAAUGCAAAAUAUGAAGGGGAAAAGUCUGUUAGUGAGCAUCCAUUUAAUUUAUAUCUACAUGUUUAUUUUGUUUCUUUAAUUAGACUCAGUCACACAAUAAAUUGUUUACAAAUAAAAGUUCGACAUGUGCUACUUUCUUUUAAUCUAGAACAAAACUUCCUUUGUACUGGUAAGGGGAAAGCAUUGAUGCUGUGCACAGUGUGAUCAUAAAUUACAAAGCAUUGAUGCUGUGUUUAGUGUGAUCAUAAGGAAAAGCAUUGAUGCUGUAUUUAGUGUGAUCAUAAGGAGAAAACAUUGAUGCUGUGCACAGUGUGAUUUAUCUUUUAUUGAUCCAAAUAAAUGAAAAUGUCAUUUUCUUACAUUGUACAUAUUCAUUUUCAGCACAUAAAUAAAUACAUGUUUAAAUCAAGACAAUAUGUUACAAUUAAAACAGUUUAAACACAAGAGAUCUAAUCAUCUAAAGUAUUUCUCUAAUAAAAAUUGAGCCAUGAAUGAACUCCUUUAGUGACAAUAAUGGCUUAAUUAGUUAUCAUUUUGAUUUGGUAAUCGCUUUAAAGAUGCAAAUUUAGAGUAUAAUGAAAAAAUGUUAUCAUGCUCUUUUUCCAUUGUCAGUUAACUAUAGAUCUACAGCUUAAAUUCAUUUCUUUUUGCCAUUGUUAGUUAACUAUGCAGCUUAAAUUCAUUUUUUUAACAGCCAUAAGAUUUGGCAUAUAUUCAAUAGACUGCCCUUUAGUUUUGAUAAUGUGACUCUUUAAUGCCGCUGAGAAUCACCAGCCAUUUGUUUUAGUUUAUUUUUCACCAACUCUUUUUUUUUUCUAGAAAGGUAGUUUGUAAAAUCAAAAAUUCUGCACUGAUGUUGCUUAAAAGGUUAUUGAUUGGCAGAUAUGCUAUGAACAGUACAGCUCAGUUAUCCUUAAAUUAAAAUGUUUUUAGGCCUUACAGUGUGAUAAAUCAGAGGUUUUCAGCCAAUUUCUCUACUUUAAAUAAUGAAGAUGAUUAUUCUGAUAUUAGUUACAGGUAUUAACAAAGUUGAUAGUUUUAGACACUUCAUUUUAUUUUGGAAAAGAAAUGCCUGUAGAUCUUUUAGCAGAGGUUAAAAGGGUUGUUACAUUUUAUCUGUGCAUACUGUUAUGGUUAAAUAUGGCAUCAGGAGAGGUUUGUUGAUGCUGUGCUAGUCUCCUUACAUUUAAAUUUGGCUCUGGCCAUUCUUUGGGUGUUCAUUUAUUCUGCCCGUUUUCUGUUUAAAAAAAAAAAAAAUUAUUUAACAUUUGAAUUAAUGGAAUUCAAUAUACAUACCAGUGCAAUUAUUUAUUUUUUUUAACUGAUUUUUGUAAUAGCAAAAAACUUAUUGUAGCC